CUUUAGGGCAAUGGAAGGUAUUUUAAAGCAUCUGUGAGCAUCGCUGGUAAUUAUUAUAGCGUUAAAAUAGAUCAUUUUGUUCUUCUUAAAAUAGACCAUUUCUGCUUCUUCUUCCCCGGAGUGAGAAUAUCAAAGUCUCCUCGAAGAAAGGGCAAGAGAAAAAUAGCUCCUUAACCAGAAUUGGGUCUGUGAAUUUCGUUUCAUGGUGGAAAUGGACAGAACUCAGAUGAUGAUCUUGGGGGUUUGCGCGUUUCUGGUGGCUUCUGACUUAUGGAAUGCAUUCACACCCCCGCCUUCUAAGCCACAUCCUCACGACCAUCAUGAUGGACAUCAUCGACGGGAUUCGAUUCCUGUACCUAAGAAAGUUCUCCAAUCCGCUGCCAUUCCGGAACUUGAAACAGUGGAUGAACCUGGAGCUGGUACCACAGUUCAUAUAUCAUUCUGCUCAUCUUGUUCAUACAGGAGCACAGCCUUAACAAUGAAGAAAAUGUUAGAGAUUGCAUUUCCUGGUGUUGAUGUGGUACUUUCAAAUUAUCCCCCACCACUACCAAAACGCAUGCUCAGCAAGUUAGUGCCUGGGCUACAAAUUGGUAGUAUUGUGUUUGUUGUUGCAGGGGAUCAUAUUUUCCCAAGAUUGGGAUAUAUGGUACCACCUCCUUGGUACUAUACUUUGAAACAGAAAAGAUUUGGAGUAAUUGCAACCACCUGGCUUCUUGGAAAUGCACUGCAGUCGUUUCUUCAAAACACUGGAGCUUUUGAAGUAGAAUGCAAUGGUGAACUGGUGUUUUCUAAGCUGAGAGAGAAUAAGUUUCCAAGCGAACUUGAGUUAAGGCUACUCAUUGCCAGGUCAUUGGGAGCAAAAGAUUCACUGCCUCAUAGUGGACAUCUCAUUUAAAGAGUGACACGGAUGGAAUAAUUUUGACCUUGGCAAUGAUGCUUCAUUGUUAUAUUUGUACCACAAACUAAAAUAUCUGUGCAUAAGAGACGCAGUUGAGAUAGUCUUGAAGGUCACUCAUACCGAAGCUGGUUUGAGCUGUUUUAACUCUCUUAAUAUUUAGGUCCUUGUAUCUCUUACCAAUUCAUGUGCCUACUUUUAAAAUGGGAUUGGGGUAUGAACUUUUGGCUUGUUAAACAAUGUGGUCAAAAAAACAUUUUGAAGGCUAAUUUAUGUAGCAUAUCAAAUUGGAUUUUGGAAUCAGGCUAUAGAUAGAAUAUACCAUUUAAAUGGUUUGUCA